AUGUUUGGUGAUAUGGAUUUGGAUCAAAACCCUAUUCAGAUUUUGAAUGGACUGCAAGCACAUGCUCCGCCUGAAUUGCAAGAAUAUUUUAAUAAUAAACUAUUUCCGUUAAUUUCUUUUUAUCUUAUUAGACUUUGGCAUCAAUUGACACUAAAAAUUACAGAAUUUUUUGAGAAUUCUGCUUCUGGACCUUUUCAAAUAACUCUUUUUCAACACUUCAUUUCUGAUUGGGAGAGUAAAAUGAACAAAUUAAAACUUGUUACUUUAGGAUUAAGUGCAGCGAAACAAUAUACUGAUUAUAAUGCCGCGUUGGCUUUCCUCACUUCGCUUGUCGAAAAAGUGGACACACCGCAAACUCAAGAUGCUUUUGUGCACGCCGUGAUGGAAACAGCUUACUUUAAAUUGUUGUUACGUGAUUUAGAGGGGACAAAAUCGGCGAUGGAUCAAUGCGAAAAAAUAUUGGAUACUUUUGAUUCUGUCGAGACUGUUAUUCACGCGAGUUUCUAUCGUGUGUGUGCGGAUUUUUAUAAGGCUAAAGCUGAAUAUGCAGAGUAUUAUAAAAAUGCUUUACUGUAUUUGGCAUGCAUUAAUCUUGAAACCUUAACAACGGAUGAUAAAGUGGAAAGAGCUUAUGAUUUAGCAAUAAGUGCACUUUUAGGAGAUACAAUCUAUAAUUUUGGUGAAUUGUUAAUGCAUCCAAUUUUAGAAUCUCUGACGAAUACUCCACAUGAGUGGCUAAAAAAUCUUUUGUUUGAAUUCAAUAAGGCAGUCUUCAAAAGAAGUUCUGAUAAUCGAACUAUCCCUUUUGGAGAUAUCGCAGCUGAAACAAAAUUACGUGUUGACGAGGUUGAAUAUCUUGUAAUGAAAGCUCUUUCACUGAAACUUUUAAAAGGAUCGAUAGAUCAAGUCAGUGAGGUUGUGGUAGUUACCUGGGUACAACCACGUGUACUGGGACUUGACCAGAUCGAUGGUAUGAGACAACGUUUGCAAGAAUGGGACGAAAAUGUGAAAAAGACUGCAUUAUUAGUGGAGAAUGAAACUCCAGAGUUAUUUGUACAAUGA